GCCGUAAGAUGCGUCUGCUUCGUGCUUGGGCGUGAUCACUUACUUCACUGACUGUCCAGCAGUACACAGUAGUGACCACGUACAGUCAUGGAGCAAAGGAUGGUGCUAACAGCAGGCAACACUACAUUUCCUGCCUCGUCGACAACGAGCUCGUAUGGCCCUAUCAUGGAAACCAGAUCAUCCCGGAGACCAAGUACUAGCACUACUUGCAGUGGCAAGGACGAGAAGCACGACCAGCACACGCCGUUUCCGACGAUGCACAUCAACCUCGGUGUCGUCGACAAGAAUGGCGGAACACCCCAUCAUCAUUGUCCCCUCAGCAUGCCAACCAACCGACCGCCUUCAUCGUCGACGAGUCCGUCAGACCAUUUUGGAUCGGAAAGCCACACGCCGACGAGCACACGGUCUCCCACCGCCGACGUAUCUCGUAAACAGCGCCAUAACCUUCGAGAACAGCGUCGCAUCUUGCGUCUAGGCAGUCAGUUCGACCAUCUCAAGGCCACGCUGGAAGCUGCUGGGCUGAUUACGAACAAGAAGGACAAGCACAGCAUCCUGCAAGCCACGAUCGAGUACAUUGCUGCCCUCGAAUAUGAUGCGCAUGCUCGAAUGACACCAUCUUCGUCUCAACCAACCAGUAUCUCAUGUACCUAUGGAAAGAAGGACCAAAACUCGAUCCCCACUACGACUCCUCCCAUAUUCACCAACGACCCCAUGGAUUCUGCAGACCUCCAUAUUCGUUCCCUUCGAACGCAUCCUCAUUCCAUCGAGUACCUCUGGAUGCCAGAGCUCGUCGCCGACUCCACCGCAUCCUUCCACCAAGUGUUUCUGCAUGCAAGCGUCCCGUCGGCCAUCGCCCGCCUCGACGGGUCCUUGGUGCAUGCAAGCCAUCUCUUUCUCCAACACUUUCCCAACAGUAUGGGCCUCAGUUUGUACGGUCUGUGCGUGGGAUUGCCAAAUGUGCACAAGAUGCAGUCCCUUGUGACCACAAUCAUUGCGGGUGAUGGUCGCUCCGCCCAAACCAAGAUGACGUGGCAAGCUCCUGGGACCUCUCCCAAGCCAGUGUUUGUGUCGGUGGCGUUGGUUCGAGAUGCCACCGGCCAGCCCGUGAACAUCCAAUGCACCGCCCUUCCCAUGGUGGCGUAGAGCUAGCAGCUGUACGCUAUAGUAUUAUUUAUUAGUAUACCGCAAUAGAGACGGCGGCGUUUGGUCAUACUUGUAUAGGAUUGUAAAUGUCACAGAGUGGCCAAAGGUCAGAAUGAUGCUGGCCGAGGGUCGUUGGUGCGGUCGAGAGGGUCAGAUUUGGACAGUGACGCAACCGCUUCCUCGUGCAACGUACGCAACAGCACGUGCAUGUCGGCAGGAGUGUACCGUUGGUUCAUCGCGCGAUACUUUUUCAGCUGGAUCACACCUACCAUCUCCUUGACCUUCCACCGACCAUAGUGCACCGCGCGUUUGAUGUCGCUGUCCGCUGUCAAGUGUGCCUGGUCGAAGAAUGCCGCCUUUGCCUUCUCACGCACGUAGUCCAGGCCCAGGGGGUAGUCGCGGCCGACCACAAGCACCCGCUUGUACACAUCGCGCACCAGCGGAAGCAUGCUGGGAUUCGAAACUGGGAAUGAUCGUUGAUGGAACAACGUUUGGAUUGGCUAAAAUUCACAACUUCUUUC